GUAACCGGUUCGAACGUUGAACGGACUCUCCAUCAGUCAUCAAAAACUGUCAUUUAAAGUGGCGAUGUGUCGGUCAAUCAAAACAAAGUUUUAAAUUAAGAACUUCAUGAGACCUGUGCAGAAAUUAGCAACCAAAGUCAUGAAGUACAUAGACAUCGGAGCCAAUUUAACGGACCCAAUGUUCCAAGGCAUGUACAAUAACAGUGCGAAACAUCCAGCCGACUACAAAAAUGUUCUACAGCGGGCUUGGCAAGCAGGAAUGGAAAAAAUUAUUUUAACUGUCGGAACGAUCACUGAAGCGGACGAAGCUCUAAAGUUUGCAGCAGAUGACGAUCGCCUGUUCAUUACAAUGGGAUGUCAUCCGACAAGAUGCAAGGAAUUCGAACCGAAUCCAGCCGAAUACUUCGGGAAGCUUUGCAGCUACAUUGAAAAUAAUAAAAGCAAAGUCGUGGCUGUUGGCGAAUGUGGCUUGGAUUAUGAUCGAUUGAAGUUUUGCGACGCAGCCACACAGAGAACGUACUUUGAGAAGCAGCUGGAUUUAGUUGAAACGUACCGUUUGCCAUUGUUUUUACAUUGCCGCAACGCAUUCGAUGACUUUUGGGACAUAGUCGAUAGGAAUAGGGCGAAAAUAACGUCGGGCGGUGUGGUUCAUUCGUUCGAUGGCACAUUGGAACAAGCGCUAAAGUUUAUCGAAUUUGGGUUUUUUAUCGGAAUCAACGGUUGCUCGCUGAAAACGGACGAACAACUUGCGGUCGUCGCAAAAAUACCGAAGGAGAAAAUUUUACUCGAAACUGAUUCGCCGUGGUGUUCGAUACGAAAUUCGCAUGCCAGUGCCAAGCAUGUUAAAACAACGUUUCCCACUGUUAAGAAGAAGGAGAAAUGGACCGAAAAUACUCUCAUUGAUGGUCGGUGUGAACCGCUACAGAUCAUUCAAGUGCUCGAAGUUUUGGCUGCAAUUCGAAAUGAAAAUGUGGAAGAGCUUGCAGAUGUUAUCUACGGCAACACUUUGAAAUUGUUCUUUCCGUCGUGAUUUUCGAAUAAAUGGAUUUUCGAAUUAAGACAA